AUGCUUAGGUUAUUAUUUACAAAGAGGCUCCUUUCUAGUUCUGUCGUUCUCAGAAAUGAGGCCAAACAAAUCAAAUCAUCCUGCUUAGCAGGGACGCCAUUGAGUCUUAAUGUUAAGAAGACAGGCAAGGACCCGGUUGCCUUGGAAGAUUCAGAGUACCCGGAAUGGCUAUGGACAGUUCUUGACCAAACGAAUACCGCCGCUGCAGCAAAGGCUCCUGUAUCAGAGGAAAGUUUAAAGGCCAGAAAGAAGCAAAUCAGGCAGUCCAAUAGAGAAAAGAUAAAACAGAGGAAUUUCUUAAACCAGUUGUGA